AUGGCUUCAUACGACUACAAGGAGGACAAGCAGUACAUCGACAACAGCAGCCCCCAUGUCGGCGCAGGCAAGUUUGCCGGCGACGUGACCGAGGGCUCCGUCAGCGACUCGGAGGCGCAGGACGUCAACAUCAAGAAGCUGAUCCGCAAGGUCGACAUCCGUCUCGUGCCAUGGCUCGCUCUUCUCUACCUGCUUUCUUUCCUCGACCGCUCCAACAUUGGUAACGCCAACUUGUUCGGCCUGUCCAAGCACCUGGGCCUCUCGUCGACCCAGUAUGGCGCGUGUCUCGCCAUCUUCUUCGGCUUCUACGUCCUAUUCGAGGUCCCCUCCAACAUGGUCAUGAAGGCCUGGCGCCCGUCCAUGUGGCUCCCUAUCAUCAUGCUCGCCUGGGGUAUUGUCAUGAUCGGUAUGGGCUUUGUGCAGAACUUUGUCGGCCUUUUCGUCACCCGUAUCUUCCUUGGCAUCACCGAGGCCGGUCUUUUCCCCGGUGUCUCCUUCUACCUCACCCAGUGGUACCGCCGCUUUGAGAUCUCGAUGCGUAUCGCUCUCUUCUUCUCGGCCGCCACCGCUGCCGGUGCCUUCGGUGGUCUGCUCGCCCGUCUGAUCAACCUCAUGGACGGCACCGCCGGCUACGAGGGCUGGCGCUGGAUCUUCAUCCUCGAGGGUAUCCUCACCGUCGUCGUCGCCGUCAUCUCCUUCUGGAUGCUCCACGACUACCCCGACACUGCCAAGUUCCUCACCGAGACCGAGCGCCACGUCCUCCAGACCCGUCUCCGCCUCGACAACGACGGCUGCAGCCACGAGUACAAGACCAAGUUCAUCUGGGACGCCUUCACCGACUGGAAGGUUUGGGCCUUCUCCAUCAUGUUCCACGGCACUCUUACGCCUCUCUACACCUUCUCCCUCUUCUCGCCCACCCUGGUCGCUGCUCUCGGCUACACUGCUGCCCGCGCUCAGCUCAUGUCGGUCCCUCCCUACGUCGCCGCUGCCUUCUGCACCAUCUUCUCCGGCUACAUCUCGGACAAGCUCCAGCGCCGUGGUCUCGUGACCAUCAUCUUUGCCCUCAUCGCCGCCCUCGGCUACAUCCUCCUCCUCGUGAACGUCAACAACGGUGCCAACUACGCCGGUCUCUUCUUCGCCGCCUGCGGUGUCUACCCCCUCAUCCCCGUCGUCGUCGCCUGGGGCUCCAACAACUGCGGUGGUUCGCUCAAGAAGGGUGUCGCCACUGCCAUCAUUGUCUCGUUCGGUAACCUCGGUGGUAUCAUCUCGUCGUUCAUCUACCCCAAGGAGGACGGUCCCCGCUACAUCAAGGGCCACGCCGUCUGCCUUGGCUACUGCGGCAUCGUCAUUGUCAUGGCUGUCAUCAUGUGGUGGUACUGCGCUCAGGCCAACGCCAAGAAGGCUGCCCGCAACGCUGCCCGCGACCACCCCUGGACCGACGCCGAGAAGAAGACGUUUGAGGACGACGGCGACCACGUCGACUGGUUCGUGUACGCGAUUUAG